ACCAUGGGGACGUGGGGACAUGGGACACGGGGACAUGAAGACGUGGCCAUGGGGACAUAGGACGUUGGGACACGGGGACAGGGACGUGGGGACACGGGGACAUCAGGACAUGGGGGGACAUGGAGGACACGGACAUGGGGACAGGGACAUGGGGGAUCAUGGGAGAACAUGGAGGACACGGGUCACAUGACAGACACGUGAUGGACACGGGAGGGGACACGUGGUGGCACCGGGGACACGUGAUGGCCACAGCGACACGGCCCCAUCAUGGCCGCCGCCCCCCCCGCCCAAGAUGGCCGCGGCGCCGGCCCCGCCCCCGAACCGGCCCCGCCCCCGCGGCCAUCUUCGCGGUGGGGCCCGGGGGGCGGAGCUCGGCGGCCAUCUUGGCGGCGGCGCGGCGGGUCACGGGGCCGGCGGCCAUCUUGGGAGGGUGGCAGCGGGCGGCCAUCUUGGCGCGGCGGGUCACGGGGCGGGCGGCCAUCUUGGGGGCGGGGCACUCCGUGGCGGCGGCCACAUUGGAUGCGUCCUCACUCACGGGGCUGGCGGCCAUCUUGGGGGCAGGGUGCGCCGUGGCGGCGGCCAUGUUGGGCGUGGCACUGCUCACGGGGCCGGCGGCCAUCUUGGGAGGUGUCAGGCGCUCCGUGGCGGCAGCCAUAUUGGAUGCGUCUUCACUCAUGGGGCUGUCGGCCAUCUUGGAGGAUGCGGGGCGCUCCGCGGGGGCGGCCAUCUUGGGUGGGAGGUCGCUCACGCUGCUGUCGGCCAUCUUGGAGGCUGUGAGAGGCUCUGCGGCAGCCAUCUUGGGCGUAGCCUCUCUCGUGGUGCUGUCGGCCAUCUUGGAGGCCCCAGGGAGCUCCGCCGCGGCAGCCAUAUUGGGCGUGUCCUCACUCGUGGCGCUGGCAGCCAUCUUGGAGGCCAUGGGCUCCUCCGUGGGGGCAGCCAUGUUGGUUGUAGCAUCACUAAUGGGCCUAGCGGCCAUCUUGGAGACUAUUGGUUGCCCCAUAGUGGCGGCCAUGUUGGGUACAUCAUCACUAACGGGGCUAGCGGCCAUAUUGGAGGCCAUGGGUUGCCCCAUAGCGGCAGCCAUGUUGGUUGUAUCAUCACUAAUGGGCCUAGCGGCCAUCUUGGAGACCAUGGGUUGCCCCAUAGCGGCGGCCAUGUUGGGUACGUCAUCACUAACGGGGCUAGCGGCCAUAUUGGAACCCAUAGGUUGCUCCAUGGUGGCAGCCAUAUUGCGUGUACCAUCACUCACGCUGCCGGCGGCCAUCUUGGCAGCCACGAGGCGCUCCGCGGGGGCAGCCAUAUUGGCCGAGCCAUCACUCUCGGGGCUGGCGGCCAUCUUGGCGGGCGUGGGGUGCUCCGCGGCGGCAGCCAUGUUGGCCGAGCCAUCACGCACGGUGCCGUCAGCCAUCUUGGAGGCCGCGAGCUGCUCGCCGGGGGCAGCAGUAUGGGGCGCAGCCUCCCUCGCGGUGCCGGCGGCCAUCUUGGCGGCCACGGGGCCCUCGGCGGCCAUCUUGGAAGAGGCCGGGGGGCCGAGCUCCCGCAGGCGCCGCUCCGCCAGCUGCGGGGACGAGAGGAGCCGGGCGUCACCGCCGACACGGCGGGGCGGGGGGGGUGGGGGUGAGGCAGCCCCUCCCCCGCCCCCGGAGGGGCCCAGGCGUCCGGGGCACCUGGCCGGGGCUGAGCCCCUGCUCCUCCUCCAGCUCCGCCGCCAGGGCCAGGGGGUCGCGCAGGGGCUCCGGGGACAGGAGGGCGGCCAGGAAGGGCGGGGAGAGCACGGCCUCGGCCUGCGGGAGAGAGCGCAGCCGGACGCCUGGGCCCCUUCCCCGGACGCCUGGGCCCUUCCCUGGACUCCUGGGCCCUUUAUCUGGUCACCUGGGCCCCCUUCCUGGAUGCCUGGGCCCCUUCCCGGACACCUGGGCCUGUUCCCGGACGCCUGGGCCCCUCCCCGGACACCUGGGUCCUUUCCUGGAUGCCUGGGCCCCUCUCCCGGACGCCUGGGCCCCUUCCCGGACGCCUGGGCCCCUUUCCCCGGACGCCUGGGCCCCUUCCCGGACGCCUGGGCCCCUUUGCCGGACGCCUGGGCCCCUUCCCGGACGCCUGGGCCCCUUUCCCGGACACCUGGGCCCCUUUCCCGGACGCCUGGGCCCUUUUCCCGGACGCCUGGGCCCCUUUCCCAGACUCCUGGGCCCCUCCCAGGACGCCUGGGCCCCUCUGGGGAUGCCUGGGCCCUUUCCCGGAUGCCUGGGCCCCUUCCCCGGACGCCUGGGCCCCUCUCCCGGACGCCUGGGCCCUUUUCCCGGACGCUUGGGCCCCUUCCCGGACGCCUGGGCCCCUUUCCCCGGACGCCUGGGCCCCUUCCCUGGACGCCUGGGCCCUUUCCCCGGACACCUGGGCCCCUUCCCCGGACGCCUGGGCUCCUCUUUCCCGGACGCCUGGGCCCCUCCCGGACGCCUGGGCCCCUCCCCGGAUGCCUGGGCCCCUCCCCGGAUGCCUGGGCCCCUCCCUGGACUCCUGGGCCCCUCCCGGACUCCUGGGCCCCUCCCGGACGCCUGGGCCCCUCCCUGGGACGCCUGGGCCCUUUUCCCGGACGCCUGGGCCCCUCCCGCCCCACCUGGCACAGGAAGUCGUGGUGGGCGCAGAGCUGCUCCAGCGUGCCUUGCGCCCCCCCUCCCUUCCCAACGUGCCUUGCGGCCCCCCUCCCUUCCCAGCGUGCCUUGCGCCCCCCCUCCCUUCCCAGCGUGCCUUGCGGCGGCGGCGGCAGCGCCAUGUUCCUGCAGUACUACGAGAACGAGCGCGGCGAGCGCGUCUACACGCUGAAGAAAGCGGCCCCGGACGGGCGGCAAACGGCCUCGGCGCACCCGGCGCGCUUCUCCCCCGACGACAAGUUCUCGCGGCACCGCCUGGCCCUGAAGCGCCGCUUCGGCGUCCUGCUCACGCAGCGCCCGCGCCCGCUCCUCUGAGAGCCGCCUCGAACCGGUUCCGACCGGAUCCGACCGGUUCCGACCGGUCUCAACCGCCCCGAACCGCUUCCCCCCCCCCCGCCGCGGCGCUUUUCCCAGAGCCCGGAACCUUCGCGCGCCGCCGCGCGUUGCCGCCCGGAGCGGUUUGGAGGAGGCACCGAGGCGCCUGGUUGUGGGGGGGGAAAGGAGGAGGAGGCGGAAAUGGGGCGGGGCCUGCGGGGGAGCCGCCCCCCUGGCCGCGCGCGUGGUGCGGAGCGGGAAUAAACGGCGGGGGGAUGGA